AAUGCAAUGAUUGUACGCAAGCUUUAUGUAUAAAAGGCAGCAACCGACUCUUUGAUCUUUCUUUAUUCUACAUCGUAGACUCCACUACAUUUAUCGAACCAUCUACUACUCUCACAUAAAACAGAUAUAACGCCCAUCAUGCCUCUUGUCGUUCCUGGUAUCAACUCAACAUCCGGCGAUAAGGCCGAAGAAUGGCAGAACAAGCUCGUCGGCAAGAAGCUCUCCGACGAAGAGACGUCGACCGAGACUGUCUUUGCUAAGCGAGACCUCCCCCAGGAGACACGCAUCAUCGAGCCCGGAAUGAUGGUCACAAAGGACUUCAAGGAGGAUAGACUCAAUGUUCACCUCAAGGAUGACGGAACUGUUUCACAUGUCGUCAAGGGCUGAUCUGGUGGUGCGUGGUUGACCCCUCCACCAAAAGGAGGGGCAUUGCUUAUGUACGAUAAUGAUGGGAACAGGAUUCGCCUGUAAUGGCGAAGGCGCAAGAGAAUAACAGGAUCAUGAAUUUCCCUUA